AUGGGUCCGCAAGACACUUCGAUACUACAGCAGCAGUACCACCAUUUCCCGAGGCAGUCCGACGUUGAUUUCGAAGCGGCGGAGCAGCUCCUACAGCAUUCGCGAAGGGGCUGGGAGAGCAAUGGAGACAGCAUGCCUGGCUCGGCGUUGGAACCAGAAGCAUCUACAACAAAUUUCGCGGAAUUAAAUGGGGAUGGAGGACUAGGGGAUGAACCGAUUGAGGAUGAGAACGGAAACGGAGAGUCUCCCCUACAAGAGCGUCAUGUAGACGCACAAUAUGCCCCCAUCAACAAUCAACCUCCUCUGGGGCAGGUUUGCAGCAAUUGCGCCACUACACGCACACCUCUUUGGCGACGAUCGCCAAAUGGUUCGACUAUGUGCAACGCUUGCGGGUUGUACUCAAAGGCACGGAACAUAUCUCGACCAACAAGCAUGAAAAGGCCUUCUUCAAACCCUGUCUCGGCGCACGGUUCGGAGAUGGAUCACCAAGAGCCUCAACGAAGUGUCUCCCCGCUGGCUAACGACGUGGGACAUCACCACCGAUCUACCUACGUAGCAGCGGGUCAGAUACCCAAGGGCUCGUGUCCUGGGGGAGGGCAUUGCAAUGGUGCUGGAGGCGCAGAUGGCUGUAACGGCUGUCCAGCGUUCAACAACCGAAUUUCAAAGACAACGCAGGUUGCUUAUAAUCCCGUACCAGGCACAGCCACCCCAAUCGAUCAUCAGCGAGGCGACGAAUCGUACGCUGCAAAUACAUCCCAAGAGGAUAUCAGUCCACGACCCUCGAUUGCACCAGAUACCUCUACCAUCGCCCAAAGCACUACAAGUCUUGUACUUUCUUGCCAGAAUUGCGGCACAACUAUCACGCCUCUCUGGCGGAGAGAUGAAAGCGGCCGAACGAUAUGUAACGCGUGCGGGCUCUAUCACAAACUUCACGGCGUACAUCGACCAGUCGCUAUGAAGAAAUCCGUUAUCAAGCGGAGAAAAAGGGUAGUGCCUGCUACCAACGAGCAAGAUCCAAACGCUUCUCAACUCUCAACCUUUCCUGUCUCACCGUCGCCUACUCCACAACAUCAUGAAAGUCACGAAGGUCGGGGCAAGCAACGAGCUUUUUCAAGCAUGGAAGCCGGACCUCUCAACCUUGACCUUCGCCCAACUCCAGGCCAUCUCGAUAGUCCAGAAGUCAGAAACAGACAGCGCAUUGAGUCUAGCAUGGACCCCAAUAGUCCUGCGAACCUCACUCUUCGCCAGCACGAGCGUCAGUUAGAACAUCAGCACCAAUACGACCCACCUCCAAUAGGAGUAGAUUUCACAGGCUAUCAGUUAAAUCAACGACAGGAUCAGCGACGGCGACCAUCGAGCCAUCCACAGCAAAACCUUCCCUCUUUAUCUAGCAUGCAUGAUUCGUCUAUGCAUCGUCCUUCCGACCCUGGAUCGUAUCCUCGAUUGAGCCCGCUUCCGGGCUCUUCGUCUCGGAAGCGAAGCCAUUCCAACACAGACCAAGACAACCCCUCACCAUCUACCCCAGAGAGCGGAAGCGCAAAACGUCUAAGCUCCAUCUCAUCUAUCUUGAACCAUCCUCAAUCUGCGGUUGAUGAAAUGCCGAUCGAUCCUAACCUAUCCGGCAUAGGCCACCAGCAGCAGCAGCCGCCGCCGCUGCAUCGACAUUCACAUCCAGAAUCUCAACCGCAACGAUAUCAACUACCGCCUCCCAACAACGGUCCCAGGCAAAGCACGAGCAGUGAUCCGGGUGGGUGGGAGUUGAGAGAGAAAAAAGCAAAGCUGAGGAUGGAUUUGGAGCAGAUGAGGUUAGACCUCAGAGCAAAAGAGCGGGAGCUCGAGGAGCUGGGUGGUGAUGGUUGA